AUGAUGUCCUUCCUGUUCACCCUAAGAACACGUGUAGGGUGUACAUUUCCGAGCUGAGGGGAAUAACAGCAUCAAAACAUCAUCGUUCAGACACCUUCGUGUGGUCUCCGAGUAUUUUUUUUUGUCCGUGAAAGGCUUUACCGGCUGGGUGUCAAACAUGGUGAAGCCACGAUACAAGGGGAAAAGUUCGGUGAACCCCUCGACGUCCAGCAGCAACCCCGAUCGAGCCAAAGGUGCUGGUGGAAACAACAUGAGGGACCGAGCAACUAUCAAGCGCCUGAAUAUGUACAGGCAAAAACAAAGAUGUGAUAAGCGUGGAAAAGUCGUCAAACCUUUACAGUACCAGUCCACAGUAACUCCAGGAACUGUAGCCAGAGUUGAACCUAACAUCAAAUGGUUUGCAAAUACCCGUGUCAUCAAGCAGUCUUCCCUCCAGAAGUUCCAAGAGGAGAUGGAAGCAGUGAAAAAAGAUCCAUAUCGUGUGGUGAUGAGACAAAGCAAAUUACCCAUGUCCCUUUUGCAUGAUAAAGUCAAAGCCCACAACUCAAAGGUGCACAUUCUAGACACAGAGGGUUUCGAGAUCACUUUUGGACCGAAGGCUCAAAGAAAGAAACCCAGUCUCCUUGUGGAGGAUGUCAAGGAUCUUGUAGAGCAAGCUGAGGCCUCAGCCCUGAGUUACAAUGCAGAAAAUGACAGAGACCUGGUUACUGAGGACACGGGGGUCCGGGAGGAAGCUCGUGAGGAGAUUUUCAAAAAGGGUCAGUCCAAGAGAAUCUGGGGAGAACUUUACAAGGUGAUUGACUCAUCUGAUGUCAUCAUCCAAGUACUGGAUGCUCGAGAUCCUAUGGGCACACGCUCCAAGAGCAUAGAGGCAUAUCUAAAGAAAGAGAAACCCUGGAAACAUCUGAUCUUUGUUCUAAACAAGUGUGACCUUGUCCCAACCUGGGUCACGAAACGUUGGGUAGCUGUUUUGUCCCAAGAAUAUCCCACUUUGGCUUUCCAUGCCAGCCUCACCAACUCGUUUGGGAAGGGCUCCCUCAUCCAGCUGCUCAGGCAGUUUGGCAAGCUCCACACAGACAAGAAACAAAUAAGCGUGGGUUUCAUUGGCUAUCCAAAUGUUGGAAAAAGCUCAGUCAUCAACACUCUGCGGUCAAAGAAGGUUUGCAACGUUGCACCUCUCGCUGGAGAAACAAAGGUGUGGCAGUACAUCACUUUGAUGAGGCGCAUCUUCCUCAUUGACUGCCCUGGUGUUGUCUACCCUUCAGAAGACAGUGAAUCUGAUAUUGUUUUGAAAGGAGUAGUUCAAGUGGAAAAGAUCAAGAACCCAGAGGAGCACAUUGGUGCGGUGCUGGAACGGGCCAAACCAGAAUACGUUCAGAAGACCUACCGCAUCCCUACCUGGAACUCUACUGAGGACUUUCUCGAGAAACUGGCGUUCCGCACUGGGAAACUUUUAAAGGGGGGUGAGCCAGAUCUCGCCACAGUCUCUAAAAUGGUGUUGAAUGACUGGCAGAGAGGACGCAUCCCCUUCUUUGUGAAACCUCCUGGGCCCGAGGGAGAUCAAGAGGAUGAGAAGCCAUUGCCAGUUGCAGGACCGUCAGAGGUAGCAGAGCAUGUGCAGAAGGAACAGCCAGACAAUCCAGACGCCAUCUCGGAGGAACAUGAGGAACAACAGCAGAGACAGAAGGAGCAGGUCCAGAAGAUUCUGGCUAAUGUUCGACAAAACUUUGGCAAAAUCAGUGUGGUUCCUGAGUUCAGCGAGGAAGACUUAGUUCCCGUAGACAUGCCUGAUUUGGGCAUGUCUGACUUUUCCGGAUCUGAUAGUGAGGAAGACGAGGACAAAGAGGAAGAUGAAGGCAAAGAGGAAGAUGGGACCAGUGUUGAACCGGCUGAUGGAGAGACUGACAUCUCUGAACCCACAGCCUCUCAAACUGAAAAGGCAAAUGGCAACAAGAGUUCACGUGAGGUCAUACGUGAGCUGGAUGCGAAAAUCGCCAAGUACAAGCAGUUUCUGGACCGAGCCAAAUCCAGUCGCUUCUCUGCAAUCCGGAUACCUAAGGCGCUUUCUGACAAAGUGUUCACAGACACCAAGACUAAACAAUCAGCAGCGGCUAAGCAACCACAGAAGAAAGCUCCAAACCAGAGGGGUAAGAAGAGGAAAGCUGAGGAGAAAGAGGAGCCAGCCCGGCCGAUCCGACUCACAUCUAAACAGAGAAGAGCAUUGGACCGUACUCAGAAGACGAAGAAAGUUGGCGUACGUUAUUAUGAAACUCACAAUGUGAAAAACAAGAAUAAGAACAAAAAAGUCCCAGGAUCAGCCACAAAAAGUCAAAAUGCCAAGAGAUCAAAGCACUAGACUGAAGUUUAAUUUAAAAACACACACACACAAAACAUGUAAUAAAUCUGUAUUUAAAAUGACAAUUUUUAUGGGAAAAAAGUUUGGCAGAAGGUGGAAAGCUAACUGGGGAUUCUGUGGUUUUUAUCAAGUUGUCGCUCACCCUUCAGUGCAGAACUGUAUUUGAAUGACAUUUCAUUCAUCAUUUACAAGUGUACUGCGCUCUUGACGUUCAAGAGACAUACAGUAGUUGUUUGAAGUAUACUUGUUAUACCAGAGCAAUAAAGCAUUUGUAAAUUA